GAAAGAGUAAAGUUGGAGAGAGAACACAGAAAAGAACACAAGCUAGUAGUUGCAGAGAUGAAAAGUUAGCGAGAGGAUUCAAAGGCAAACAACAAAAAACAUCGUCACUGUACCAAUUUUUUCACCAUCCUAUAUUUCUUUAAUUGUUCUCAUUUAUUGUGAAGGCAAAAUAAAAGAACUCAUUUUUUUCUUCCCUAUUUUUUCCUACUGUUUUCUGCUUCAUUUUGCUUCUUUAGCUGGUGAUGAAGCUGAGGCUGCCCGUUUCGUUUUCUCCCUUUUAAAUUGCACAUUUUCUUGGCCAUUUUUGUUUUUGCUUCUAUUUUAUUGUCUAUGGAUUCAGUUAUUGGGGUUCUGUAGUUUUGGGCAGUUCUUUUAUUACCUGUUGUUGGCAUAUCUUGUUACACACACAACCACAAUGGAAAUAAUUAUGGGUUUUCUUGGUGUGGCAGUGAGUUUUUCAAAUGGUUAGGAGUUUGAAUUUUGCAUUUUUGUAUGUUAGUGAACUUGUUUGUAGUUUGGAGUAGCUGAAUUUGUUGGGAGUUUGAGGGGUUGGAUUAGUAUUUUUGGUUCUAUUGAAUGAACAAUAUUUAGGGAUGGCAUUUUGAAGUGGGAGACCUUUUUUGAUCUGGGUUUAGAAUCUUUGGUGGGUUUUAAUGGUUAAAGGUGUGAUCUUUUGAGGUGAAUCUUAGUAAGGUAUAAGAAUUUGAGCAGCUUUUAGUUUAUGGUGUGUGAUUGCAAGUUAGGAAAACAAAAAAGAACAAUGGAAAUGUGAAACGUUGUCUUUUUUGGUAGAGGAAGAAAAUUGUGUGGUGGUAUUCAUAGGAUUGAUUACUUCAUGACAGUCACUUUUGAGAUUUAAAUAUUUUUCAAGGAAUUAAUCUAAGACCAUGUACAGAAAAAUGUCCCCGUCACCUGCAACAAGAAUGUCACCGCAUAGGGAUCUUAGAACCGAGAAUCACAAGAGAAGGCAUAGUCUUGAGAGUGGGAUUUCGAAUCGAGACAAAGAAGAUGAUCUCGAGCUAUUCAAUGAGGUUCGGGACAAAGAGAGAGAAAAUUUCUUGUUGGAUUCGAAUGACAAUAUUGACGACAUCUUCUCGACAAAAUUUGGAUAUUUCUCGGGUCAUAAGCUUGGAAUUUCAGCCCCCAGUCGAGGAGAGAGUAGUGACCUGCUCAAUGAUGGGGGCAAUAAUAGAAAGGAUUAUGAGUGGUUGGUAACUCCUCCCGAAACUCCUCUUUUUCGUUCUUUGGAUGACGAGGCACCACCUCAAGUCAAUCGUGCACAUACGAGCAGGCCCACGAUGGAGAGAGGUGAAGAGAGCAGUAGAAGUAGAGCCAGUUCAAGCCCACAUCGCCGUAGCCCAUCCCCAAAACCGAGCAAACCUUUCUCUGUGACUCGCUCAAGCCCGCCUUCAAGAGGUCAUUCGCCCCCACGCAGGUCCAGUACACCGACACCACGGAGGAUAAUAUCCACCCCAUCAAGGACGAGAGGUGCCUCGCCAGUCAAGACAGGACCAAAAGUAAAAGCGUGGCAGUCGAGCAUUCCGGGAUUUUCUUCCGAAAAGCCACCGAACCUUCGGGUCGAUCGGCCGGCCUCGUACAUGAGGGGGUCAUCAUCACCAACUUCUGGGAAUGGAAGAAAGUCGAUUUCUCCAGGUGCUUCUAGAAGCAUCGGCUCGUCCAGAGGCUCGGUUGUGUCGUCUGGCGAUGAUGAUCAGGAUUCUCUGCAUUCGGUCGGAAGGGAUGUUGGCGUUUUGAGAAAACAGACGAGGGCUUUGUCGAGGUCGGCCCCGAAGAGAUCGUUAGAUUUGGGUCGGCAAAUGGAUCGAAAAAGUCCACCGAAUAUGUUCAGACCGCUUCUUUCCGGUGUCCCAAGUUCGACAUUCCAUGCAAGUUCACCACAUUAUUCCGCGGCAUCCAAAUAUUCUUCAAUCACUGCUCGAAGCAAUCCUAGUACCAACCUAAGGACAAGUGGGCCCAAGGAUACCGAAAUAAACGAGCCAAAACAAGAAGACACGAAAAUCGACCCUUUUAAGGACCAUGAUUCAUAUGCUGAUGACGACAUAUUUGUCAUGGAUCAGACACAUGAUUCAAGUGACAAGAUUGAUAUCAAGAUCUCGCAGAACCCAGCUGUUGACACAGCUGGCACAAUUAUGGAUGUGAAAAGAAGUGAUUUUUCGGACGCUAAUGUCCCUCCGGUUAAUAUGGUAGUCGUGUGCUCUAUAUGCGGCUUGAUAUUUAAUUCAUCUCAAGUAGUAGUUAUAGUCGAUGGGGGCCCACCGAUCUGUCACGAGAGUUUUACGGCAAGUAACAACACCAGCUUUGACGAUUUUUCCUGCGCGAGGGACAGUUCGAACAGCAAGAAAAGCACGUUUAGUGCAUCUGUAUCGUCUUCUUAUGAUCUGGGCGGGUUUUUUUCCAGGCAAACGGAUCGCCGGAUUUGUCGGCAGAUGAGUGGCCCGAAUUCUGAUGUGGGAACUUAUAGAUACGAAAUGCCUACUGUGCACAUACGCACAGAUUCGUCCAUUUCUGGUGCUUCGACUUACUUGCUGCAUGUCACGAGUGAAGAUGGUUUUGAGGAAUUUGAUAAGAAAACAUGUUCGGAUCCUCAAGAACAAGAAAUGUGUAGUACAUCAUGCGCUAAUACUGAAAAAGAUGACAUUUUUAGAACUCAAGAGCAGCUGGUGUUAGAGGAGAAAAAUGAAAACUUAACGAGCAAGUUUUAUGAUUCAGGGAAUGACAAAAGUUUGCCUGCACAAUCUCAGGCUUCCGAGCAGGAUGAAGAUGUGGGCCUACGAAGUUCAUGUGGGCCUAACCCGAGCUCUUUUGAUGGAGUAUCUGAAAUUGUAAACGAAGAUGCUGAUGUUAUAUCUGAUGUUGAUGCCAUUGCUCAAAAGAGCUGCAUGAAUGAAAUACAGGAAGAUGAGGAUAUUACAGAAUCUAUCGAAGGAUUUGACGUAUCGAUACCUGGCUAUCAUAUUCGUGAUGAAUCGAGGAUUUUGUCAGAAGACACAGUCGAGACAAAACCAAGUAGCCUAGUGACCCUUGAAGAAGCCACAGAAGCUAUCCUUUUCUGCAGCUCCAUAGUCCACAGCCUCGCAUACGAAGCUGCAGAUAUAGCAAUAAAUAAGGAAAGCCCACCAAACGAAGUCCUUAGGCCCGCGGUGGGAUUUUUGGGCGGGCCCGAUUUGAAAAGAAGGGACAAUAAUAUGCGUUUGAGGACCAUGAGGAAACGUAGCCCGAGAGUCCAAAGAGCCCGGCAGAAGAAGCCCGAAAUGGACACAAAGCCUCUUUCUAGCAAUGCUGAAGCUGACGCGAACUCGAGCCCGGUUAUUGUUGGAGUUCGUAAUGAAGUUGACAGCGUGGGGCCCGCCAAGCUCGAGUCGAAGUGUAAUUGCGUGAUUAUGUGAAAAAAAAUAAAAGGAAUAUUUGAUGGAAAAGGGCGACUUUUGGGGUUGGAUUUUAUUUAUUGGAUUAGUUGGGAUUAAUGUUUUUGUAGCUGUUAUUGGUAAUAAAAAUAUUGAUUGGAGAAAAAAAAAAAAAGUUUUUAGAGACAAGCCUUGUAAAGUUUUGAAUUUCACAUUAGCCUGAUGAUGAUUUAGGGAAGGCAGCUUGAUUUUUCCAUCUUCAUGCUAGUUUUGGUGUUUGUACAAUGCUGCUUUAAAGUUUUGAUCUUUACUUGUUUGUAUAUAACUAUGAUGUAAGGUUGUAAACCUAUCAUUCAUAUCUGCCAAUUUUUGUUGGGUGUUUGAUUUCUGAAAAGAACAAUUUUAAUUCACU